AUGAACGAGGUUGUUCAAGAAAUUAAGGAAAACUUGCUUGCUUCGUUUCCUGGCGAUGAAGUGGAGUAUCUGAGUUCUGAUAGUAUUUGUCAAACUGAUCAAGGAAAGAAUGAAGCAAAUGUGAGACUAUAUUCUCCCGAUGUUCUAAAUGGUUUAAAAAUUUCUGGUCUGCCUAAUCAUCGUUUAGUCCUUAAAGUUGGUGUACCUGUAAUGUUGCUUCGUAAUAUCGAUCAACAAAAUGGUUUAUGCAAUGUUUUCUCACAUGGUCAGCUUUAUGUUGCAUUAUCAAGAGUUAAAAGCAGAGGCGGUGUGAAGUUGCUUAUACUAGACAAAGAUGGGAAUGUAACGAGUAAAACAACAAAUGUAGUCUACAAGGAAGUUUUUUCCGGCAUUUGA